AUGCCCAAUGGUAUAGAAGGUGUCACCAACGCGGGCAGGAGCUUAGUUUUGGUUUUGAGGGAUUUCUGUUUCUAUUUUUGUUCGGAGUUUUGUGGACUGAAAGGCAUACCGACGUUGCUACUGGUUGGUUUUUUAAAAGAUAUGCCGUUGUCGGUGGUUGCGGUGCGUUUGUCGUGGCAGCAUCAUCGUCGUUACGACUACAACAGCGGGCAUCUAUCCACAGCCGCGACUGUCCCGGUGACGUCAUCAUCGCAAAUGGCGUCGCGUCACACGUAA